AUGUUCAUGCUUCCAGCCUCUCCGCAGCAGAAUGGGGUUGCUGAGCACCGCAUUGGCUUAGUCAUGGGGGUCGCUCAUACCUCCAUGAUCAUGCGGCUGGCCCCCAUUUUCUGUGGCCAUUUGCGGUCCGAUACGCCGCGCAUCACGCUCAACCUAUGGCCCCGUGUCCUCCUUACCGGAGACCUCGCCCACAGUGCUGUGGACGGGGAAGGGUUGGCGAUGCGACGCGUUUUCCGGUUUUACCACCCCACCUCGCCCGUGUCUUCCCCUCCCAGGACACUCACGUUCGAACGAGUCGGUUCCCUUUUACCGUCUCUUCCCUACCGCACUGCCCCUCUCCCCCCUACUGCCGCUCUCCUUGCUCUAGUUGCUCCCGGAGGUAGAACCCCCUCCCCGCUCCCGGUCCUGCUCCUUCAGGGGGUGCGGAGCCUAGGGGGUGCUAAGCCUGGGGGUGCGGAGCCUGGAAGUGCGGAGCCUGGGGUUGGCGGAGACUGGAGCCGUCUCCGCAGUCGCUCUGCUGGCACCUUGCUGCUGCACUCUCGUACGUCGACUCCCUCUCUCCCCCACAGCAGCUGCAUGAGUGGUAACGUUGGCUGUCAGGGUCGUGCUGCUGGAGCUAGGGGCCCUGCUGCGGGAGGCACUGGUGCUGGUGUCUCUGCUACUGGAGUUGUUUCUGCUGGAGGUUCCGGAGCGCUGCGGGUGCUGGAACUGGAGGUUUUGGAGCUGCUGAGGAUUCUGGCGCUGGAGGUUCUGAAGCUACUGCGGGUGCUAACGCUGAGGGUUCUGACUAGAGUGGUGCUGGUCCCGGAGGUGCUCGUACUGGAGGUACUGGAGCUGCUGAGGUUGGAGGUGCUGAGCCUGAUGGUGCUCCUGCUGGGAGACUGUGGGUCUGGGGGUGCUGCUACUGGGACUGGAGACCCUGGAACUGGAGGUGCCAGUUCUGGGGGUGCUGCUGGUGGUGGAGCUGGUCCUGGACAAGCUGGCGCUGAGGGUUCUAGAGCUGCUGGAGGUGCUGGAGCUGCUAGGGGUGCUGGAGCUGCUGGUGCUGGUGGCGCUGCACAGCCGCGCCUGUUCUUCGCUCCACCAUCUCCGUCGUCUCAGCCACCGUCUGACUCUGUACCUCGCCAGGUUCUUAGUCUCCCUUCGUCUACUGGUCUUCCGUUACAGCCUGGAUCACCGCUGCCUGCUCCUUCUCCUUACACUGAGAAGACAGGGGGUCUUACUGAGCAUCGUGAGCCUGCAUCGCGUCCUGUCUUGCGUGUCUGUUCUGGUCGUCCUGGUCUUCGUGUUCCUCGUUCGCGUCAGCCGACUCUCACCGGCACCCACCUCGUAGUCCGUCAUCCUUCCUCUCAUCCGCAGCGUGUUCCCCUGCCUGCCCUCCUUCGUCUUCUCUGCCUACCGUUCCUGAGCUUGAGUCUAACCGCACCGGUGCUGCUCACUCUACUGUCACGCGUCCGCUAG